GCUGUAGUUGUCUGGUUGGCUGUGGGCUGGGUUUCCAUGACCUGAUCAAAUGCAGAUCAUAACAUCAGUUAUAGAUUUUAAUAAAAAUGGAGAAAGAUCGAACAAUAAACUCAGAAAAUAUCAGCAGCUCCCGCUGUACCUUCUUCACUACACAGCCGGACGAUUAUCGAUGUGAAGUGAUUCUUGCUGUAAAAAAGGCCACUGGGACGUUUUCUCUAGUAGCAUGUCUCUUUAUGCUGUUUGUGAUUUGGCUGCUGAGGAGAUAUAACUCUCUGGCUCAGAAGAUGAUAGUGAGUCUAACAGUGGCAGCGUUCUUUGACAGUGUUGCAUAUGUCAUGGGAGAGUCUCAUCCAGAGGGCACUCUGUGUAAUUUCCAGGCCUGGUGGUUAACGUAUUUUGACUGGAGUGCGCUGGCCUGGGUGUGUCUCAUCACCUGGAAUCUCUACCUGAACCUCGUCAGAGAGAUCAGAACCGAUCAUUAUGAGAUACUGUACCAUAUAGUUGCGUGGGGGAUUCCCCUCCUAAUGUCCGCACUUCCUCUAAUUCAAGGAUACUACGGUCCAGCUGGAGCCUGGUGCUGGAUCACAGAUGAUCAUGUGGCCUGGAGGUUUGGGAUAUGGUACGUCCCACUCUUCACUCUUAUCCUCCUCAUGAUCUGCUGUUACGCUCGUAUUAUCUACGUGGCCAGUGAUAGGAUGCAGUCCUGGUUGGGCACCUUUAACCCAGAGAGGGAAAGGAGGAAGCUCUCUCUCGCUGAAGAGAUUCGACCUCUGAAGUGGUAUCCCUCUGUUUAUCUGCUGGUCUCCCUUUUUCCCCUCCUAAAUCGGCUUCAUAAUGCUGUGUAUCCGGAGCAGCCGGUGUUCUCCCUCACGCUGCUGCAUGUCCUCAGUGCUCCUCUACACGGUCUGGCCAACGCUCUCGUCUUCGGCAAGGACACCUGGAGUCAGCUCAGCACCACAGGAUUCAAAAUGGCUGUUAUGUCUCGGCUGUGUGACAGUACCCGGAUCGGCGAGUAUCACCCGGCCAGCGUUAAAUACUCCGCCGAGCUGGAGUCCGACUCCGACGACGACGACAACAACGUCCUGUUCUACAGUCCUGACAUGAGCCUGAAAGAGAGAGGACCCUGAGAGAGAGAGAGUGUGUGUGUGUGUGUGUGAGUGUGUAAGUGUGAGAGUGAGUGUGUGUGUGUGUGUGUGUGUGUGUACGUGUGUGCUUACUUUCUCACUCCUCGCCUUUUAGUAAAACUGCAGCUCUUCUCUUGUGCUUAACAGUAUUUCAGCAUUUUAUUUGACUUUAAGGAGGAAAAAAGAAAGAAUUUCCGUAAAGAGAACUGAGUUUACAUUUCUUACAUUUAAAAUCGCUUUUUUGAGCUGAAUGUCUUCAGUAUUACGAGUUUUUUUUGUUUUUGCUACGUUUUAAGCAUGUUUCCUGGUUAUUUAUGAAAGAUUCUGAUAUAUUUUUGUACUGUUUGCAAAUAAUCUGAAUUUACAAUGUGUAUAAAUUCUGUUCUCUAUCUA